UUCCCAGAAUGCAUCAGUAACUCGUCCAUUUUGUGUUGAGCCAAUUUGAGUGCAGCUUUGGUGUUUCCGAGUCAAAGAUGUAUGGAUUUGUAUUGCCUCCACUUCAUUUUAACUCCAGUGGAUGGGGACCUACCGAUAUACCCAAGAAGUUUGACGAAUUACCUUAUCAACCAUUCUCUAAGGGAGACAGAUUAGGAAAGGUAUCUGACUGGACUGGUGCCACUUAUCAAGAUAAAAGAUAUUUAGGAAAGUAUAAUUCAGCUUUUGGAACUGGUGGCAACCAAUAUUCCUACUUUCAUGAUGAAGAUGAAAGCACAUUUCAGUUGGUAGAUGCUUCUAAAGGACAGAAACCAAACUACCAGAGAGGUCGGCGUGCAUUCCAACAGCAUAAACAGCGAAGAGAGAGAGAGAGGCGCCAACAACAGGCUUCUCUUAAUAUGCAAACUCUGUCGAAAACCCAAAAAAGUCGUGAAAGGGAUCGUCAGAGACAGCUGCGGAAAUGGCAGAAGCAGUUUGGAAAAAGGUUGCAGGAAAAUAAGCAGAAGGCACCUGUUAAAAACCGAGAUGCUUCAGUGCAGGUGCGUGAAACCUGGCAAGUAGUUGAAGACAUGGACUUCCCUAGACUUAGCAAACUCAGUUUACCUGGAAUUGAACCACCUGAAGACUUGUUGCUCUGUGGUAAAAUGGAGUUUUAUGACAAGUCUUAUGAUCGUGUGACUACCAAAAAUGAGCGGCCUUUGAAACGAAUCAAUCGUAUUUUCCAUAAAGUUACAACAACUGAUGAUCCUAUUAUCAGACAGCUUGCCAAGAAUCAGGGUAAUGUUUUUGCCACUGAUUCCAUCCUGGCCACCCUUAUGUGUAGUACUCGUUCCACCUACAGCUGGGAUAUCAUUGUGCAGCGUGUUGGGAAUAAGUUGUUCUUUGACAAGAGAGAUGAAUCUGAGUUUGACCUGUUAACUGUUAGUGAAACAGCCAAUGAACCACCCCAAGAAGAAGGUGCCAGCAGCAUUAAUUUCCCUCACAAUCUGGCCCUGGAGGCUACUUUCAUCAAUCACAACUUUUCUCAGCAAGUUCUGAAAAUGGGAGAUGAAAAGUAUGAGUUUGACAAGCCAAACCCAUUUGCCGGUGAGGAUGAUGAUAGUGUGGUUGCAUCUGUUGGCUAUCGGUACCGCAAAUAUAACCUGGGUAAUGAUAUUGAACUUAUUGUACGCUGUGAGCAUGAUGCAGUCAUGUAUGGACCGAAUGGGGAUUUACAAUUCAUUAACAUCAAGACUUUGAACGAGUGGGACGCCAGGUACAGUGGUGGUGUUGACUGGCGUAGUAAACUAGACAUCCAAAGAGGAGCAGUGUUGGCCACUGAACUGAAGAACAACAGCUGUAAAUUGUCUAAGUGGACCAUCUGUUCUUUGUUAUCUGGAAGUGAUCAAAUUAAAUUUGGGUAUGUAUCAAGAGUUCAUUAUAGAGAUUCUGCCAACCAUGUUAUUUUGGGGACACAGCAAUUUAAGCCAACUGAAUUUGCUAACCAGAUUAACCUGAGCAUGGAUAAUGCUUGGGGUAUUUUACGUUGCAUCAUUGAUACUUGCAUGAAAUUGAAGGAGGGAAAAUAUCUUAUUAUGAAGGACCCUAAUAAGUCGGUGAUUCGUAUCUAUGAUAUUCCUGACAACACUUUUGAAACUGAUGAUGAAGAGGAAGAGGAGGAUGAUGAUGAAGAAGAAGAAGAGGAGGAUGAACCUGAAGCAUAAAAAGACUUGUUUGCUAGGAUCAGCACCAAACGAAGUCUCUUUUUAAUCUGAUAAUUGGCUUUAUGAUGAUUAUAAUAAUAAAGCUGAUGUCAUCAAAGUA